CAGUUCAUCGCGGGUCUUGUCAACGAGUGGUCGGUUGAAGUGAAGAAAAGAAUACAAAAAUCCAUUUGUUGGCUGCUGACCAUGAAAUGGAAAGUCUUCUGCUAGCACUGACACUGAGUACAGGACAAGAGGAAAGCUAAGGGUGCAAGUGCCACAAAAGAAUUCCGUUUGGACAUUGAGUGGAAGACUCUAGAGGGAUCCAAAGAAAACUUCAGACAUGGAACAAGGGGGAACUGUUGAGCCAGUGUUGGCAGCUGCUGUGCCUUCAGAGGCAGCGCCUGUGGCACCCAAACCUGUUGCUGCCACCGUGCCGCCAGUUACAGCUCCUGUUCCCGUUGUUACUGCAGCCCCUGUUGUUGCUGCUCCGACCGUCACUUUGCCGCCAGUUGCAGUCCCCACACUUGCUGCAGCACCAUCAGUUGCCACUCCGGCAGCAGUUGCUGCUCCUAUAACCCAAGCUGCUGCUCCGACUCCAGCGGCAUCAAUUCCUUCACCGAUACCGAUUGCUGCCGCUCCUAUUAUCCCAGUUUCUGCCCCGACUCCAACUGUUGCUACCGGUACUGUUGCACCUGCAGCUGCUGCUACAGUUGUGGCUCCAGCUCUUGCUGCUGCUGCUGCUGCUCUUCAGAUAGCUCCACCAAUUCCAGUACCAGUGGCUGCCGUAAUAGAAACGCCUGUGGCUACUCCUACUGUCCACGCUGCGGUGGCUACUGCAAAACCUGCUUCUGUUGCUGCUGCAGAAACACCAUCGGCUUUCCAGGAACCAGCCGUAGCCGCCGUGCCAACUUCUGUCCAGAUUACGGAGUCUGUUCCAGCCACUGCAGAAUUACCAGUGCCAGUCCCGGAGGUAGCUGUAGCCGCCGUAGAAACUACAGAGCUCCCAGCUGUGUGCGAGACAAUUGGAUCGGAACCCGUUAUUGCAGCCGUCGAAGCUCCCGAAGCAAUACCAGCUCCGGUUGUUGCUGGCGUCGCAGAAACUGCUAUCCCUUCUGCUACCGUCGAAGCUCCAAUUAUUACGGCUGCGACUCCCUCGGUAGUGCAGGCAAUGGCUUCAGAGCCAAUUCUUGCUGCCGUCAUAGAAACUCCAGCAAUUCCAGCCGCUGAACCUGCAGCGUUGAUCGUGGAACAGGCUGCUGCUGUUGCAGAUAUACCCAUUCCCUCGUCCGUUCCGGAGCCUGUUAUAGCCGUCGUAGAAGCUCCAGCUCCUGCCCCCAUUCCACCCGAACCAAUCAUCGAACCAACUCCACUUCCUACUGACGAAACAUUAGAAGUUAUUUUGCAACCAGCUGCAGUGGUGCCCGUGUCCAUUCCGGAGUCAGUUAUUGCAACCGGAGAAGUUCCCAAGUCGGUUCCGGUCGAACCGGUUAUUGUUACCGAAACAUCUACCGUACCUGCAGAGGUUCCAGUCGCUCCAGUCGUGAUGGAAACGCCAGAAGUUUGUCCAAGCCAAGCUGCAUCCGCGGAGGCAGUUGUUGCUCCUGAAGCGGUGUCAACUCCAUCUCCCGAAUAUAUUGUCCAAAUUCCCACACCCACUCCAGAAACAGUUCUGGCUGCUACUCCAGCUGCUCCAGUAACAGUCGAAGUUCCACCUGUGGUACCGGAACCAGCUCCAGUGUCAACUGUAGAUCCAGUAACUUCUGCACCUGUUUCCAUUCCUCAACCGGUAAGUCCUGAGGCGCCAGUGACUGCAGCUGUUAUAGAAUCGCCAGUAGCUGUAGAUGUUAUAGAAGCACCAGUCACUGCAGCUGUUACAGAAACGCCAGAGGUCAUUGCUAGUUCAGAGAUUCCACAAGCUGCCGAGGAGCCAAAAACUCUAACACCGCAACCAGCAGCUGCAGAAACUGCUGCUGUGGCCACUAUUGAAGUUCCAGAUGCAGCUACAGAGAUUGCUGCCGAUGUAGAAGCUCCGGCAAACAUAUCGGAACCAUCUACUGAAACCAUUGUUCCUGGUGCCGAAAUUAUAGCUACCGAACAACCAUUAGUUGCUGGUGUAGAAACUUCCUUACCGGAGGUACUGGAUGCAGUAGCUUCUCGUGAUGCCGAAGUACUGACUCCAGAACCAAGUGCUGCUUCUUCUACCCCAGAGACACAACCACCUACCAUUAUUGAAACCCCAGAAGCUAUUGAAGUGGCUGCCAAACCUACCCCGGAACCUGCUGCUGAGAUCUCCGAAACUGUUGCACCAGAAGUUUCCGUAACUAGCUCCCCUCCAGAUGCUGCCGAUGCCGCUGCAAAAGAACCAAUCGAUUCUCCAUCCACUGAUCUCAGCUCCGUCCCAGUAGCCAAGAUAACGCCCUUACUGAGGGAUCUACAAACGACAGAUGUGUCGCUGUUGGCCAUUGCGGCUACCCUAGAUGCCAUUGGGGAGAAGCUGAAGGACCAAAAGGCUCGCAAUCAGCAAGUCAUGGACAGACUCUGCGAAAUCGAAAAAAUACUAGGUCCUCCAAAACAAAACUAACUAAAGCAACUAACUAACUGUUACUAGGAUCGAGUGAAUUAUAAUAAAGUUGAAAAUUAUAUAAA